AUGGGCACUGAGUCCACAUCCAGGGGCAGCCCCAGUGGCCCAGCCAGCAGCUUCCGAAAGAUCGCCAAGCCUCUCAUGGAAAAGAAGCGCCGUGCACGCAUCAACAUGUCAUUGGAGCAGCUGAAGUCUCUCCUGGAGAGACACUACUCCCAUCAGAUACGGAAACGAAAGCUGGAGAAGGCUGACAUCUUGGAGCUGAGUGUCAAGUACAUGAAAAGCCUCCAGAAUUCAUUGCAAGGACUCUGGCCAGUACCCACUGGGGUGGACUACCAGCCUGGCUUCCGAGGUGGCUUGCCCGGCGUGAGCCAGAGGCUUCGGCAUGGGGCGGACGGUAGCGGCCUGCGCUGCCCCCUGGUGCUCGAGCGGAGGGCGGGCAGCACCACGGACAGCGCCAGCCCGCAGGCUGCCUCUGUUCUCAGCCCCUGCCUCCCGGCGGUCUGGGCCUUUGCUCCCGCCAGUGGCUCCCAGGCCCAGCUGUCCCCGCUCCCGCUCCCUGUAGGUCUCCCUGAGUCCUCUACCGGCGUUUCGGCACCACAACCAGCGCCAAGCUGCGGGGCCGAGAGCCCGAGACCCGGGUUUCGCGUGUGGCGGCCCUGGUGA